ACUCCCACUGUUGGCUUAGGAUUGUGGUUUCUUAAGGUGCCUGUAUAAAAAGAGCUUGACAGUGUGUGCCCUUCAGCAGGACAUCUCUACCCUUCAGUGGUUAAAACACAGAAUCCUUGGUGUGUGCUUAAUACAAGAUCAAAGAGGAUGGAUGGGACUGGCAAAACCAUUAAAUCUCCCAGAAUCUACAGUGGCUUCCAGUGCAAAUGAGAGCAGUCUCAAUCAGUGUUUUCCCGUGUCUUCAGGCACCCUUCUGAUAACUGAGGAUUCUUGGGAAACGCUGUAUAUAUGACCACGAUCUUUUUCUCUAGUCAUCGAACUGGAAAGAAGACAGGUACCCCUCAUUGGAAGCUGAAGGAAGAACACAACAAGAGAGCAGAAUGUCUUCAGUUUCAGCUUAUUACAAUGGAAAGACUGUACUCAUCACAGGAGCUACGGGUUUCAUGGGCAAAGUACUGGUGGAAAAACUACUGCGUUCCAGCCCUGAAGUGAAAGCUGUUUAUAUACUUGUAAGACCAAAAGCUGGACAGUCAAUGCAAGAGAGAGUGGCAAAUAUGUUGAAAUGCAAGGUCUUUGACAGAGUACGAGAAGAUUGCCCUAAUUUCCACGAGAAGAUUAAGCCUAUUAAUGCUGAACUCACUCAGCCCAAGCUGGCCAUCAGCGCUGAAGAUGAGGAGGAGCUCCUAACCCACAUCAAUAUUGUCUUCCACUGUGCUGCAACAGUUCGCUUUGAUGAACCCCUGAAACAUGCCCUGCAGCUGAAUGCGAUGGGCACACAGCGACUUCUAGAGCUGGCCCGGCAGAUGCAGAAGCUUGAGGCAUUCAUCCAUAUCUCCACGGCCUAUGCUAACUGUGUACGGAAGCGCAUAGAUGAAGUCAUCUACCCACCUCCUGCUGAGCCCAAGAAGCUCUUCGAUUUAGUAGAGUGGUUGGAUGAAUCUAUUAUUCAAGACAUCACACCCAAGCUACUUGGGGACUGGCCUAACACCUAUACCUACACCAAAGCCUUGUCAGAAUACCUGAUUCAGCAAGAAAAAGGAAACUUGAACAUUGCUAUCAUCAGGCCAUCCAUUGUGGGAGCCAGCUGGCAUGAGCCUUUCCCAGGUUGGAUUGACAGCUUCAAUGGGACAAGUGGAAUCUUUGUUGCAGCAGGUAAAGGGAUCCUGCGAUCCGUCAUUGCCAAUAAUGAAGCAGUGGCAGACAUGAUUCCAGUAGAUGUUGUCAUCAACCUCACCCUUGCGGCCGGGUGGUACACUGCCGUGCACAGACCAAAAAACAUGUUGGUGUACAAUUGUACAACAGGUGGAAUCAACCCUUUCUUCUGGGGAGAAAUGGAACAGUAUGUGAUGUCCACAUUCAAAAGGAACCCGCUUGAGCAGGCCUUCAGAACACCCAAUGCUCACCUGACAUCAAACUACCUGAUAAAUCAAUAUUGGAUAACUGUCAGUCAUAAAGCUCCAGCCAUACUCUAUGAUUUGUACAUGAGACUUACAGGAAGAAAGCCCAGAAUGAUGAAGAUUAUCAACCGACUGCACAAGUCUCUGAUGCUCCUGCAGUAUUUCUCCACCCAGUCCUGGGAUUGGUCUUCAGAUAAUAUGAAUAUGUUAAUGAGUCAUCUUAACCCAGAGGACAAAAAGUUGUAUAACUUCGAUGUUCGCCAGCUGCAUUGGUCAGAGUACAUUGAAAGCUACUGCCUAGGUGCUAAGAAGUACUUGUUAAAUGAGGACAUGUCUGGGAUUCCAGCAGCAAAGCAGCACUUAAGAAAGCUGAGGAAUAUUCGAUAUGCAUUCAACACCACACUCCUAGUGAUCAUUUGGCGCAUUUUCAUUGCAAGGUCACAGAUGGCUCGAAACAUCUGGUACUUUGUGGUGAGCCUCUGCUAUAAGUUCCUUUCCUACUUCAGAGCAUCCAGCACCCUCAGGCACUGAAGCAGUCCACUGGCACCCGGCCUCUUCCAGAAGGACCUCCAUCUCCUCUAAUCCUCAAUUGUGGGCAUCCCACCCUGAAAGCAGCAGAAAACCCAUUCCCUCCAACAGCAGCCUGCAUUUAUUGUGCACUGUUAUAUGUUCACCUUUUUAAUUUUAACUAAUGCUUUAAUACAUGGUGGUCUUUCUUCUAUAGGACAAGGACAAUUUUUAAAGCCAUAACUGAAGCUUUAGGAGCAGGUCAAGCUGGAAUCUUUCACCCAGAGUCAGAGGCGCAAGCGUAUGGAUUAACCAAAGUCAUUGUCUUCCCAUGCACUGCCUAGGUUAUCUUAAUCCCACUUUACUCCUUAAAUGAGGCAAAGUUGAGGGUACAGAAACUCUGAGAAAAUUAACCUAUGAGAGGUCUUCCUACAGAGGCUAUUCUUUCAUUCUUAUUCAGUGAAAUGAUACCAUAUUAAAAAUAAUGAUUUCACGUCAUGUCUUUCAAAAGACAGAAAACAUUUAUUUUCAGAAUUUUUUUUUUUCUUGGGUUGCUAAUGAUACUUUUCAGUAUCAGACUGAAAUCAAGCCAUAAUUGAAGAGAUGCAUAGAAUUCAUAUACCCGUCUUAACUGUGCUGACUGUGCUCACUCACAAGCUGCUUUAUUAUGGAAAGGCAUUUUUCACUCCAUAAAAGAGAAAAGCUUGUGUUUAAGCUUGCAAUUUAUCUUCUAUUAUAAAGCCCCAUUUUUUUUUGCAUUUAUCAUUUUUGCUAGUAACUUUUGUCUUGAAAAGUGCUGUAUUUACUUUGAGAAUGAAGAUAAAACUUCUGAAAAGACUGGAAAAAAAACAGAAGCUGUUUUUGAGAAACAGGUCCUUUUUCAUCCCUCUCCAUUUGUCUGCAGAAAAUUUCUCUCCUUAUAGCUCAGAAGCAGCCUGUUACUGCCCUUCAAGCUUUCAUUAUGGCUAAAUCACUCAGAAGUUGGUCAUUUGCACUGGCCAAACAAAUAUAAAGUAAUACAAUCUGGAUAAUUCUGCUACCACUGCUGCAAGCAGAAAUUAAAGAGUUCAAAACUUGCUUUGGUUGAGAAUAACACUGACUUCUGUUUAAAAAAGAUUAUGCUACAUGAAGAUAAAACGUUUUGUCCUUUAUUGUACUUUAGAAAGGACCUCAAGGAUUCUAUUAAUACCCAGAGCUACGGGAGGUGUUUGUUUAACUUAGUGACAGAUGUCACUGGUUUUCGAAUGGCAGGUUUCAUUUUUUUUCUAAGUAUGAAAUCCCGUAGGGAGAGGAAGAAAGAGAACCUUCUACAAAGCAGCUGGUGCAACAAUGGCUCUACCACAACAGCAACAAAUUUAUCACGUUACCAGAUUUUCAAAGUCAAAUCUAAUACUGGAUUUUUUUUUUUUUUACUCUAAGUAAACUUGAUAAGCACUUUAAGAUUUUGAGAUUCCAAAACAUCUACAUUUUGGAAUAACUGCAGCAUCCAACUUGUGUAGUGCUGUGUCAUUCUGGCUGUCUGAAAAAGUACAUCCCAGAAAAUAUGGUGGGUGGAACAGGGAUUUUUUUUUUCAAUGCUGAGAAUAGCGUAGGAUUUACAAAGCUGGCAUUCUUUAAAAGUUAUACCUGUUUUUGGCAGUAAAGACAACGAACUAUGAUAAAAAGAUAUCUUCAUAUAACCAUCCCCAGGAUGGUUCAAAAGUCUUUGUAGAAAAAUAAGGAAUUUAUUUUCUCCUUGUAUUCCUUGAGGUCUAGUUUCAAGCAAUUGCCAAAGGAUGCUUGCAGCAGAACCUGACCAGAAGCACACUGUCCAAAGUGGCAGGACUCUGCCAUUGCCUAUAAAGACUUGGAAGCUUACCAUACAUGACCUCAGACCGAUGUUCAGGUAGGUUAGGCACCCAGUUUACAAAGAUGUAAGUUCUUUAAAGGUUUGUAUGCUGCGUAUUGCACACGUAUCACUGCCUGUGAAUUCAGGAGCUGGAAUUCAGGACAUAAGUUCAGUCACCUGGGGCUGGACACUUCAUGUCCAGUGCUUCUUUAGCAGUGUGUAUCACAAAGGUCGGCUGCAUACUUGAAUGCUUAACUACCUUGGCUAUGCAGAGACUGAAUCGCCUUGGCAAGGUGAGGCAUGGCUCUGUAGGGAGUCCUCUGCAUUUGAAAGUAUUUGCUCAAGUAAAAUCAAUUAUCAGCCAGUUUCCAGUCUUUUCUCUGAUUAAAUGUUAAAAAGAAAAAAAAGAAUGCGCAGACUAUUUUAAAAGAAAAUUAAUUUAAGAAAAGGCAAGAAUCCUAAUUGAUAUCCUAGAAGUCUUUUAAAGUGCCUCUCAUGUAUAAAGAGAAGGAACAGCUAAGGGGAUCGUAGCUCUUCAGUUAUCCACAUGACAGACAGAAAAAAGCCCCAAAUCCUCCAUAAAAGUCAAAUACUGCAGACAACAGAGCACCUACACUAUCUGGAUGAGGUACACAAAUAAAAACCUACUGUUGUGGGGCUAUGAGUAUAGUCUCCUGCCAUCUCUCCUUCAAAACUUGUGCCAUGUGUUCAGCAAAUAUGCCUAUAGGCACACCUAAUUACUUGCACAGGUUGUGUUGUCCCAACAAGUCUGACAGAUGUUAUUUGCUCAGUAUCCAAACUAUAUCUGGAGUGUAUCUGCACCUGCAAAAAGAUACUUGGGGUUUCCCGCAGAGCCACGGUGGUGACAUUUUUUAAAGCACUUCAGCAUUUUGCUGAAGGUAACAGAAGUAGCAAAGCUACUAAUCAUCCCUGCAAAACAGCAGGAGCUGCUAGGGAUGUCAAGAGCAUAGCUGUAGUAGACAGUUCAUGCUAUCCUGGCACACUUUCACAACCUACACGAUAUUUCUUGCAGCUGGCUCCUGAACUCCAGCCUUACCUAUGGGGAGGUUCCUUAACACAGACAUAACGUGAUGAAACUUGAAACUUUAACCAUUUUCUUGUGGCUUCAGAUAUUUUCAGCUGAUUGUCUGAAUCACAAAAGUAUUUCAGAAAAAAACUCAAUACAGAGAUUUUACACCUGGCAGUGGCAUUUUGGUGUCAGUCCUGGUUGCAAUCAUAGCAAGCUGGACCAAGACUUAAAACCUGUUCUGACCUCAAGCAGUGAUUUACCUUUGGAACUUACCUGUGUGUUCCUCAGAGCAUUUGCAUUCACUCUGAAAAAAUAGCAAGCCUUUGGGAACGUAUCUAAAGGAAAAGAAGCCAAAUGACAGCUACUUUCCUUUUUCCUUGCUCCAUCUCUCUCUCUUUCAUGUGUGCCACACACCCUUUUGAUAACUGAAAUCCAAGUACAAUUACUAAGUUAGAAAUCCUGUGGAGACCAAUAUUUGGGGACCACAUAUUAAUGUAAAAACUCAGGAGUAGAUAUUAUCAUGGUUGAGGGCUAGAGAAUAAGACUUUAAUACCCAUAUGAUUGAAACAGCACUCAGACUUUUUACAGAAGUAGCAUACAAGGGAAGAGCCAAUUCAGCAUUUUGUUAUCACUUGUGUUUCUUGUAUUCAAAUUGCGUGAAUAAAAGUCCCCUCAUCCCUCCCCAGCAUCUCCUCUAGCUCUCAGCAGGCAGCAUGGAGACAAGUAUUAGCAGUCAUUCUGCACAGCCAGUGCAGAAAAUAUCUGCCACAAGACAACGCAAUGGAACUAUCAUCUGUAAUCACAUCCCAUGGACUUGCAGUUUAUCUACCCGCUUAUGGUGUCAGAAGCCUGCGUUGCUGCUACAGAAAUAACACAGGAACACUGCUGAAGCCAGUGUGCUAAUGUUUUUGUUAAUACAUUUAUAGUAGUCUGUAGGCUAUAGCUAUAAACUGCCAUGUGAAAGCAAUGAAACAUCAAAUAGCAUAUCAUUGUCAAAUAGCAAUGGUUUUCAAGCUUGCAAUUAAAAGGAAUCUCUUUUUUUUUAUUAAAUAGCUAAACAAAACAACCCAAAUCACUAAUGUUAUUGUGAGUUUAAACUGCCAUUUGACUGACAAACAAGGCUGUUUACCUACAGCAAAUCUGUUGCAAAAAUAAAAUUUCCCAAUCUUCCCUCCUCAUCCCCAAAUAACUUUGUUAGGAAAACGCAGCUCUUCCUUGGCAGGGGAAACAGACAUACUGAUAUAUUACAGUUUGUUGGCAUAUUACUCAUGUCUUCAAAAAAUACAUUGUUUUUCAUUUUCAAAGACAACAUGGUUGUAUAUGUUAUGUCUGUGUGUAUGUAUUCAGAUCUUUAGCACACGUUUUCUCAUGCAACAUACUGAGAUGGUAAAAAUAGUGGAUAUUAUAAUGAAAUGCCAGACUGUGCUUGUUUGGUGUGCACUAUUCUAAUUCAGUUAUGAUUAAGUGAUAAAACCUAUCCUAGUUUCCUCCCCAUAAUCAAACAAUUAUCAUGAAUAAGCAACUGGGAAAAGAGGGAGGGGGGCACUCUUUGGUUUGUAAAUAAGU